UAUAUACAACAAAGCAUCACGAUGCUUUUCACUAGUUACUACGUCGACCCUUAGCCGUCGGGUAAAGUAACGUUAUUUUCUUUCGCUGAAAACGUCAAAGAAACGGUCGUUUCUUUUUACAUUAUUACUUCAAGCAAUCUAAACCCCCGGAAACAUGCGUGAGUGCAUCUCCAUCCACGUUGGCCAGGCUGGUGUCCAGAUUGGCAAUGCCUGCUGGGAGCUCUACUGCCUGGAGCAUGGGAUCCAGCCGGAUGGGCAGAUGCCCAGUGACAAGACCAUCGGAGGAGGGGAUGACUCCUUCAACACCUUCUUCAGUGAGACGGGAGCUGGGAAGCAUGUGCCCAGGGCUGUCUUUGUGGAUCUCGAGCCCACGGUCAUUGAUGAGGUACGUACUGGGACCUACCGGCAGCUGUUCCACCCUGAGCAGCUCAUCACUGGCAAAGAAGAUGCUGCCAACAACUACGCCCGUGGACAUUAUACCAUUGGCAAAGAGAUCAUCGACCUGGUUUUGGACAGGAUCCGCAAACUGGUGAGAGCCCUAUACCAUAUAUUUAUAUAUUUACUCUCUUCCAGCCCUCCUCCUUCCUCUAGGUUUUCCUCAAAACUGUUCUUUCUCUUUCUCCAGGCUGACCAGUGCACAGGUCUCCAAGGAUUUCUGGUGUUCCACAGCUUUGGAGGUGGUACCGGUUCUGGUUUUACCUCUUUGCUGAUGGAACGCCUGUCUGUCGACUACGGCAAGAAGUCCAAAUUGGAGUUCUCCAUCUACCCCGCCCCUCAAGUGUCCACAGCUGUGGUGGAGCCCUACAACUCCAUUCUAACCACCCACACCACCCUAGAGCACUCUGACUGUGCCUUCAUGGUUGAUAACGAGGCCAUUUAUGACAUCUGCCGAAGGAACCUCGACAUUGAGCGUCCAACCUACACCAACCUCAACAGGUUGAUUAGCCAGAUUGUGUCUUCCAUCACUGCUUCCCUGCGAUUUGAUGGUGCCCUCAAUGUUGAUCUGACAGAAUUCCAGACCAACUUGGUGCCCUACCCUCGUAUCCACUUCCCUCUAGCUACUUAUGCCCCAGUUAUCUCUGCAGAGAAGGCAUACCAUGAGCAGCUUUCUGUAGCUGAGAUCACAAAUGCCUGCUUUGAGCCAGCCAAUCAGAUGGUGAAAUGUGACCCCCGCCACGGCAAGUACAUGGCCUGCUGCUUGCUGUACCGUGGUGACGUGGUGCCCAAAGAUGUCAAUGCAGCCAUCGCCACUAUCAAGACCAAGCGCACCAUCCAGUUUGUGGACUGGUGCCCCACUGGUUUCAAGGUUGGCAUCAAUUAUCAGCCUCCUACUGUGGUUCCAGGUGGAGAUCUGGCCAAGGUUCAGAGGGCUGUAUGCAUGCUGAGCAACACCACUGCUAUUGCAGAGGCCUGGGCUCGCCUAGAUCACAAGUUUGAUCUGAUGUAUGCCAAGCGAGCCUUCGUGCACUGGUAUGUGGGAGAGGGUAUGGAGGAGGGAGAGUUCUCUGAAGCUAGGGAGGAUAUGGCAGCCCUGGAGAAGGAUUAUGAGGAAGUGGGUGUUGAUUCAAUUGAGGGUGAAGGUGAGGAGGAAGGAGAAGAGUACUAAGGGUGACUGGCUUUCUGCUCUAGUACAUCUCAGGCAUGCUUUUUAUUGGUCAGAAGUUUACAUACCUUGGCAUUUCUUAUUAGUGUAGAGUAGUACUACCAAGUACUAUCACAUGAGUGUUUCACUCGUGACACCUAAAUUGUAAACGAAAUACUGCUUGUGUCAUGUGUUGUAAUAUCCGAUAAUAACCGACCAUUCUGAUACUUAAAUCUGGUACGUAUUUCAUGUGUUAUGUUUGUAGUUUUCUUCUGACUGAUAUGCAAUAAAUUAUUAAAUUGA